GUAUGCGGAUAUAAAACCCGGAGCCUUGGCAACACUUCCUCAUUACGUUUCUCACUGCGCAGGAAGAAGGGAGUAAAGAGACAGUUUCUCUGAUUAACACCGGUAAAUUUUCCCCACUAAAACACAGAAAUGGAAGAUGAAAUCGCCGCCCUGGUCGUUGAUAACGGCUCCGGUAUGUGCAAGGCCGGUUUUGCAGGAGAUGAUGCUCCUCGGGCUGUGUUCCCCUCCAUCGUGGGUCGCCCCAGACAUCAGGGAGUGAUGGUUGGGAUGGGCCAGAAGGACAGCUACGUGGGAGACGAGGCUCAGAGCAAGAGGGGCAUCCUGACUCUGAAGUACCCCAUCGAGCAUGGCAUCGUCACCAACUGGGACGACAUGGAGAAGAUCUGGCAUCACACCUUCUACAACGAGCUGAGAGUGGCUCCAGAGGAGCACCCCGUCCUGCUCACCGAGGCCCCCCUCAACCCCAAAGCCAACAGGGAGAAGAUGACCCAGAUCAUGUUUGAGACCUUCAACACCCCUGCCAUGUACGUGGCCAUCCAGGCCGUGUUGUCCCUGUACGCCUCUGGCCGUACCACCGGUAUCGUCAUGGACUCCGGUGACGGCGUGACCCACACAGUACCCAUCUACGAGGGCUACGCUCUGCCCCACGCCAUCCUGCGUCUGGAUCUGGCCGGCCGCGACCUCACGGACUACCUGAUGAAGAUCCUGACGGAGCGCGGCUACAGCUUCACCACCACGGCCGAGAGGGAAAUCGUACGAGACAUCAAGGAGAAGCUGUGCUACGUGGCGCUGGACUUUGAGCAGGAGAUGGGCACCGCUGCCUCCUCUUCCUCUCUGGAGAAGAGCUACGAGCUGCCUGACGGACAGGUCAUCACCAUCGGCAACGAGAGGUUCCGCUGCCCAGAGGCCCUCUUCCAGCCCUCCUUCCUCGGUAUGGAGUCUUGCGGUAUCCACGAGACCACCUUCAACUCCAUCAUGAAGUGUGACGUGGACAUCCGUAAGGACCUGUACGCCAACACGGUGCUGUCCGGAGGAACCACCAUGUACCCUGGCAUCGCUGACAGGAUGCAGAAGGAGAUCACCUCUCUGGCCCCCUCCACCAUGAAGAUCAAGAUCAUCGCCCCUCCAGAGCGGAAAUACUCCGUCUGGAUCGGAGGCUCCAUCUUGGCUUCUCUCUCCACCUUCCAACAGAUGUGGAUUAGCAAGCAGGAGUAUGAUGAGUCUGGUCCCUCCAUCGUCCACCGUAAAUGCUUCUAAACAACCCGACCCGUACAGACUCUCCUCCUUCCCAUUCCAAUGAAGACUCUGAGUCGGUGUUGCCUGUCAGAUCUCCCCCUCCACUGGCGUGUCUUCUCCUGCUGUCGGUCUGUCUGAGAGCCUCCCUGUUUGGCUGGAUGGACAGGAUGUGAUGUCGUCGUUGUCUGACGGUCAUGACUCUCCACAUGUCCUGUUAGUUACAGUCUAAUGUUUAUGUUCCACCACCUUAUUGACCUCUAUGGAGGUGUUGCUGUCCACCCCUAUCCCCUACCUAGUGCGCUAGUGACCAGGGCCCAUAGGGAUCUAGUGCAUUACCUAGGGGAUAGGGCUGUGUUUGGGGCUUUGUGUGGAGGGGGGGAAAGCUUAAUGUAAAUGAUUUAAUUGAUAUAAAAACAAUGUUUUUGUAUUGUCAGUCUUAUAGAUACAUGGUCCAGUUUGUUAUGCAAAAAGAGGUUUGACCAUUCUGAGGUGUUCCUCUCUCUUGGGGGGUGUAGGGGGGGGCAGGGGGCUCCUGUUGUGGACCAACAACUAAUAAAGUGCACAUGUCUAUUGAAGUGGUUGUGUUCUCUUCUGCCUUCCUCCAUGGUGUUGUACCGGUCUGUUUUGGUAACAUCCUUCUGCCGUCCUCCGUGUUGAUCCGGUUGUACCGGUCUGUUUUGGUAACAUCCCGCUCCUUCUGCCUUCCUGCCCUGUGAAGUACAGCAACAGAAUUCAGAACAUGGGCAGUUAGUGUUCUCCCUGUACACCAAGUCAGAACCAUAGGAAAAAUGAAGGCUCUUACAAUAUUACACUUCUCACAAACUGGUUAUAGUCAAGUAAAGAACCAAGUCAGAACAGUAGGCCAAAUUAGGGUGAGGCACAUGGGCUACUAACUGCUUCUUACACAACACACUUAGUAUUACUUAGCUACAGUACACAGAUCUCCCUGCAUAUUACAUUUCUGCAGCAGACGAGACCUUUUUGGAUUAAAGUUCAAAAUGUGUGUUUCCAGUCGUAUCUCACAAGUCAGAUUUUGCAGUUUGAAGUUAACAGUUUUGGACCUGGCACAAAUCAUGCUUCAAAUCAUCCAGACUGCAUCACAUCAGACCAAGAUUGAGAGUCCCAUAGGGUGGCGCACAAUUGGCCCGGGGUAGGCCGUCAUUGUAAAUAAGAAUUUGUUCUUAACUGACUUUCCUAGUUAUAUUGAAAACAUUAAAUUCAUUCACUGCA